AUGGACCCCCUGAGGUGGUCCUCCUCCCCCAGCUCAUCUGGGACCUCCAGCCCCAGGACCCCGCCCUGCGAGAUGCUUGGUUACGUGGGCAUCGAGGCCGUGCUUGACCAACUGAAGAUCAAGGCCAUGAAGAUGGGGUUUGAGUUCAACAUCAUGGUGGUGGGGCAGAGUGGGCUGGGCAAGUCCACAAUGGUGAACACACUGUUCAAGUCCAAGGUAUGGAAAUCCACCCCACCGGGUCUGGUGGGGACCACAGCCCAGACGCUGCAGCUGCACUCAGUGACCCACGUCAUUGAGGAGAAGGGUGUGAAGCUCAAGCUGACUGUGACUGACACACCCGGCUUUGGGGACCAGAUCAACAAUGACAAGUGCUGGGACCCCAUCUUGAGCUACAUCAAUGAACAGUACGAGCGGUACCUGCAGGAGGAGAUCCUUAUCACCCGCCAACGUCACAUCCCUGACACCCGGGUGCACUGCUGUGUGUACUUCGUGCCGCCCACUGGGCACUGCCUGCGGCCCCUGGACAUUGAGUUCCUGCAGCGGCUGUGCCAGACUGUGAAUGUGGUGCCCGUGAUCGCACGGGCUGACAGCCUGACCAUUGAAGAGCGAGAGACCUUCAGGCGCCAGAUCCAGCACGACCUCAGGACUCACUACAUCGAUGUGUACCCGCAGAAGUGCUUCGAUGAGGACAUCAAUGACAGGAUCCUCAAUAGCAAGAUCAGGGAACGGAUCCCCUUUGCUGUGGUUGGGGCUGACCGAGAGCACCUAGUGAACGGGAGGUGUGUGCUGGGCCGGAAGACGAAGUGGGGCAUCAUUGAAGUGGAGAACAUGGCGCACUGUGAAUUUCCCCUCCUGAGAGACCUGCUCAUCCGCUCCCACCUCCAAGAUCUGAAGGACAUCACCCACAACGUCCACUACGAGAACUACCGAGUCUGCAGACUCAACGAGAGCGACGUGCUGCCCCGCGGGCCUGGCUGGGUGAACCUGGCCCCAGCCCCCACCAGCCCUCCCGCCACCCCUGGGCCCUCAAAGGUCCGCCGGCGGACCCAAGACAAUUCCACAGAGUAG